AUGGGGGAUGCUGGCAUGGAACCGAACAUCUCCCCUCCCGACAACGCUGUGCAGCAAGACUCACUCUACAGCAUGGUGGACGUGUUUAUCUUCUCGCUUGUGACUGGGCUUUUUACCUACUGGUGGUUCUUCUACAAGAAGAAGGAGGAAGUCCCUGACCUCCCCAAAAUGACAAUAGUACAAGCUUCGGCGAGAGAUAGCAGCUUCAUUGAGAAGAUGAAGAAGACGGGGCGAAACAUAGUGGUUUUCUACGGUUCCCAGACGGGCACAGCAGAGGAGUUUGCCAAUCGCCUUUCCAAAGACGCUCAUCGCUAUGGCCUCCGGGGCAUGGCAGCAGAUCCGGAGGAGUAUGACUUGUCGGACCUGAGCCGCCUCUCUGAGAUCGACAAGUCCUUAGCUGUGUUCUGCAUGGCCACCUACGGUGAGGGUGAUCCCACGGACAACGCCCAAGACUUCUACGACUGGCUGCAGGAGGCUGAUGCUGACUUGUCGGGUCUCCGAUUUGCAGUCUUUGGGCUGGGGAACAAGACUUACGAGCACUUCAACGCCAUGGGAAAGUAUGUGGACAAGAGGCUGGAGGAGCUUGGAGCCCAACGCAUCUUUGAACUUGGGCUAGGAGAUGAUGAUGGCAACCUGGAAGAAGACUUCAUCACCUGGAGAGAGCAGUUCUGGCCAGCAGUGUGCGAGCACUUCGGGGUGGAGGCUACAGGAGAAGAGUCCAGCAUCCGCCAGUAUGAGCUGGUGGUGCACACAGAUGUGAACAUGAACAAAGUCUACACCGGUGAGAUGGGCCGUCUCAAGAGCUACGAGAACCAGAAGCCACCGUUUGACGCCAAGAACCCCUUCCUGGCCCAGGUUACGGAGAACCGCAAGCUGAACGAGGGUGGAGAGCGACACCUUAUGCACCUGGAGCUGGAUAUCUCCAAUUCCAAAAUCAGGUACGAGUCUGGGGAUCACGUGGCGGUGUACCCAGCCAACGACUCCUCUCUGGUGAAUCAGAUCGGUGAGAUCCUGGGCACAGAUCUGGACACCAUCAUGUCCCUGAACAAUUUGGAUGAGGAAUCCAAUAAGAAGCAUCCCUUCCCCUGCCCCACGUCCUACCGGACAGCCCUGACGUACUACCUGGACAUCACUAACCCGCCCCGCACCAAUGUCCUCUACGAGCUGGCCCAGUACGCCACGGACGCCGGCGAGCAGGAGCGCCUCCGCAAAAUGGCGGGCAAGGGGCGAGCUCUCUACCUCAGCUGGGUGGUCGAGGCCCGGAGGAACAUCCUGGCCAUCCUGCAGGACAUGCCUUCGCUGCGUCCCCCCAUCGACCACCUGUGCGAGCUCCUGCCCCGCCUGCAGGCCCGCUACUACUCCAUCGCCUCCUCCUCCAAGGUUCACCCCAACGCCAUCCACAUCUGUGCCGUGACGGUGGAGUACGAGACCAAGACGGGACGCGUCAACAAAGGGGUGGCCACCAACUGGCUCAAGAACAAGGUGCCCAACGAGAACGGGACCAACUCCCUGGUGCCCAUGUAUGUCAGGAAGUCGCAGUUCCGCCUGCCCUUCAAACCCAGCACGCCCGUCAUCAUGAUCGGCCCGGGAACUGGCAUAGCCCCCUUCGUGGGCUUCAUCCAGGAGCGCGCCUGGCUGAAGCAGCAAGGCAAAGAGGUGGGCGAGACGGUGCUUUACUACGGCUGCCGCCCCCUGUACCGCGAGGAGCUGGCCCGCUUCCACCAGGAGGGAGUCCUCACCCAGCUCAACGUUGCCUUCUCCAGGGACCAGGCUGAGAAGGUUUAUGUUCAGCACUUACUGAAGAAGAACAAGGAAAACAUCUGGAAGCUGGUUAAUGAGGGGAACGCUCAUAUCUACGUGUGCGGUGAUGCUCGCAACAUGGCCCGGGACGUGCAGAACACCUUCUACGAGAUCGUGGCUGAGUUCGGGAACAUGAGCCAGCCCCAGGCCGUGGACUAUGUAAAGAAACUGAUGACGAAGGGCCGGUACUCCUUGGAUGUCUGGAGCUAAGAGCGGGGCUGGUGGGGCUGGGGAGAGCAUG